UUGGUCAACCCGUUUAGAUGAAUGUAGUGCUACCGAAUUCGCAUGCGAUGGUAUUUGUCUAGGUAGGGAAGCUUAUUGUAACGGCGCCCUAGAUUGCGAAGACGGAUCUGAUGAAAAUAACUGUAUUAUAUGCAAUGGAGCAUUCCAUUGCAAGAGUAGAGAAUGCAUUCCGUUAAGUAAACGUUGCGAUGGAGCUAUGGACUGUAACGAUAACAGUGACGAGCUUGAUUGUAACCCAAAUACAUCCAACGGCACAGGCGAUACUUGUGGCCGUGAUCAGUGGCAGUGUGACAAUGGCUUCUGUAUAAAUAGCGAAUUCCGCUGCGAUGAUCACAUCGAUUGUACAGACAGAUCAGACGAGAACAACUGUCCCGGUCCACGAUGCUCCACUCAUCAAUUCACCUGCUCUGACGGCUCAUGUAUUGACGGAGAUCGGCGCUGUGACAGACGUCGAGACUGUGCUGACGGUCGCGACGAAGAGGAUUGUGAUAUUUAUUAUCCACCACACGUUGAUCAACCCCAGCGCUGCCCGAACAAGCAUGAAUGUCCGGAUGGUGUCUGUAUCGAACAAUCCCAACUCUGCGAUGGAGUUCGAAACUGUCGUGACGGAUCGGAUGAGUACAACUGCCCAUGCCGUCAAAAUGAGCACACCUGUGGCGAUGGACAGUGUAUUCCAGAUUAUUUAGUAUGCAACAAACACCCAGACUGCCGGGAUCAAUCCGACGAGAAGAAUUGUACCUGUUCGAGGGGUGAAUUCCGCUGCAACACCGGAGAGUGCAUUCCAGAUUCCCGGCGAUGUGACUUGCGAGUGGAUUGUGCAGAUGGAUCUGAUGAGCAUGGCUGCACACCCAAAUGCAGGGAUCAUGAGUGGACUUGUGAUGACGGUAGUUGUAUCCACAAACGGCAACGAUGUGAUCGGCAAUAUGAUUGUUUAGACAAUAGUGACGAACGGAAUUGCUACAGUGAAAGAUGCGAUCGUAACAUGUUCAGAUGUGAAAAUGGCCCUUGUAUACCGCGAUCUCUUAGAUGCAACGGCGUGGUUGACUGCCCGUUCGAUACAAGUGAUGAACUAGAUUGUUUCGACUAUACUACACCAAGCGAAGGACACAGAAGAUUGAAUCUUCGGACAUAUCCAGAUGAACAAAUUAUCAAAGAAAGACAGAUAAUUGAGGGUCGUGAGGUUGUCUUCCAAUGUCGUGAUGAGGGUGCCAUUCGGGCCAAGGUCAGAUGGACUCGCGCAAACGGAGCACCACUCCCGGCUGGAUCGCGUGAUGUGAACGGUCGAUUGGAAAUACCUAACAUUAGAUUUGACCAUAAUGGUGAUUACGUUUGCGAGGCUGUCGGAUACCCCAAAUCAACUCCAGGCAGCAGCAAAACUGUGCAUUUGAUCGUUGAAAGAUAUUAUCCUGCGGAACGCCCUCCAUCAGCAUGUUCCGUUACACAAGCUACUUGCAUGAACGGUGAUUGCAUUGCCAAGUCUCAAAUUUGCGACGGGAACUUUGACUGUACGGACGGUUCGGACGAAACGGCGUGCAGUAAAUCUCAACGCUGUGAGCCAAACGAGUUCAAAUGCCGCAACAAUAAAUGCAUCCUGAAAACAUGGCGCUGUGAUGGUGAGUCUGACUGCGGAGAUGACUCUGAUGAAGAGAAUUGUGCUACCUUACCACCAGAUGCCGCCUGUCGUUAUGACGAGUUCCAAUGCAGAAGCGGCCAAUGCAUUCCGAAAUCUUUCCAAUGUGACUCACACCCGGACUGCCUAGACAAGUCGGACGAAAUCGGUUGCAUGGCACCAUCGGUAAUCCAACCACCUCCACCUUCGCUAACUAUUCCUGCCGGUGGAAUCCUGAACAUUACUUGCCGUGCAACUGGCAUUCCUAUUCCACUCAUCGUAUGGCGCCUCAACUGGGGUCAUGUUCCGGACAAGUGUAACUCGGUCAGUGACAACGGCUUCGGAGUGCUUACCUGUAACGACAUGCAGGUAAUCGAUUCUGGUGCCUACUCUUGUGAAAUCAUCAACUCAAUGGGAACACACUUCGUGUCGCCUGAUGCAAUUGUCACUGUUACUGGCAACGAUACUAUUUGCCAAUCGGGUUACUUCAACAGCAAAGCUAGGUAUCCCAGCGAAUGUAUCCACUGUUUCUGCUUCGGAGUGUCCAAUCAAUGCAAAAGUGCUGAUCUCUUCACAUACGCCCUACGACCACCAGUCACCUCUCUCACCAUUGUCGGCGUAGAGGGGCCUUGGACUGGACAGCGUCAAAUAGCUGAGGGCGAAUUCAGUAACCAUGAUCUAGCCGUAACCAGACACGGCGUUCAGUUAAGGUUGGCGAAUAUUGUGCCUGGCAGACAGAUCCCGUACUAUUCUCUUCCUAUUGAAUACAAGGGAAAUCAACUUAAAUCCUACGGAGGAUCUGUUCGAUAUACUGUAGAGUAUGAUGGUACCGGUAACCCUAAUACUGCUCCCGACAUGAUCCUUAAGGGAAAUGGUAUCGUGCUUCUCUACAAUCACAACGCACCGUUCUAUCCGGACGAAAGAAAUCAGGUUACAGCGUCGUUCUUACCCGGAGUAUGGCGCAAAGAAGACGGUACUAUGGCUAGUCGUGAGGACAUCAUGAUGGUUUUGGCAAAUGUUGAAAGUCUACUCAUCAAAAUGCUGUACGUUGAAGGAGUUGAGCGAAAUAUUGAGUUGCUGGAUAUCUCAAUGGAUUCGGCAGCCAAUCAGAACCUUGGAUUAGGUUCCGCUACCUUGGUAGAGGAGUGCAGAUGUCCACCAGGAUACAGAGGACUUUCAUGUGAGAAUUGUGAUUAUGGAUAUGAUCGACACAGCAGUGGCUCUUGGUUGGGACGAUGUGUUCCGAAAGCUCAAGAGUGCCGCCCAGGAUACUACGGAGAUCCCAAUCGGGGUAUUCCUUGUCAGGCAUGCCCUUGCCCAGUAUCAGGAGACAAGUCCAGAGCAAGAACUUGCAGUCUUGAUAGUCGUAACAAUGUAGUUUGCAACUGCGACCGAGCCUACACUGGCGACAGAUGCCAACAAUGUGCUGCAGGCUACGUGGGCAACCCAAUGGGCGAUGGAUGUUUCCCAGCGCCUGUUUCUAAUUGCAAUCCAGAAGGUACACAACGAGCACUACCUGACGGUAGAUGUGUCUGCAAGAUUGGAGUUACUGGACUGUACUGUGAUCGGUGCAUGGCAGAACACUUCUUCAUGCACGAGAAAGGCUGCGUUGAUUGCUUUUGUAUGGGAGUCUCCAGAACAUGCACCAGCACCAGCUUGUACAGAGAUACGCUGCAAGCUGCCUUCAAUGAUGGUCGUUCAGGAUUUUCUCUCAUAUCUGACUACACCAAUCCGGAAAUCGUUGCUUCUAACUUGCCAGCAUUGAGCCGCGAGAUUGUUUAUCGAAACUUCGGUACUAGCGAUGACACCUUCUACUGGAGACUUCCUGCCAAAUUUUUGGGCAAUAAAUUAACAACAUACGGAGGCUUCCUAAACUAUACGCUACGUUACACACCCCAUUCUUCCGGAGGUGCUUCGAGAAAUAAUUCGCCAGACGUUGUGCUGCACAGUGGCAACAAAAUCAAAUUACAUCACUAUCGAACUGAUGGAAGUAUAUCACCAAUCGGAUCCAGUACCUAUGCCGUCCCUGUGUUGGAAGAUUUCUGGCAGAAUUAUGAAGACGGAAACAAAGCCUCUCGCCCGUAUCUCCUGAUGGCACUGGCAAAUGUGAGCGACAUUUUCAUCAAGGCCACCUACAAUACGGUCUCCAAUGAAGCUGCGCUAUCACAUGUUAGCUUAGAUAUAGCAUCAGAACACAAUAAUGGCUUGGCAACCCGGGCAUGGCCUGUUGAGCAGUGUCAGUGUGUCGAAGGACAUAUCGGUCUAUCCUGUGAGGAUUGUGAACCUGGAUAUUAUAAGGGAGACGGUGGAUUGUACCUUGGACUGUGCGAGAAAUGCGAAUGCAACGGCCAUUCGGAUGAAUGUGAUGCAGUUACCGGCGAUUGCCUCAAUUGCCGACACAACACAUACGGUAAUGAUUGCGAAUACUGUCAACCGCCAUUUGUAGGAAACGCCACUGGUGGAACGGCUUAUGAUUGCACACUCGAUAGACCGACGGACCAUGUCAACUGUCAACAUUGCGAUCAAAGAGGUUCUACAGGCAGAUGCGAAGACCGCUGUGAAUGCAAGCGUCUGGUUGAGGGAUAUCGUUGCGAUCAAUGCCGCGAAGGAUCAUUUGAUUUGAACGCUAACAACAUCGAUGGAUGCCGGGAAUGCUUCUGUUCUGGAGUAACCAAAUCAUGCAGUAAAUCUCGUCUGUUCCGUGAAGACUUACCAUUAUUCAUCACCGGAGAAGAAGAGUUUACUCUAACAAACCGAGAUGGACAAGUGCUAAGUUCAGAUGGAUUUGACGUAGCCCCGCAAAUGAAUGAAAUCAGUUACAACUUUAGAGAUAGAAACACAUACUACUGGAGUUUGCCAGAACGAUUGUUAGGAAACCAAAUCCUUUCGUAUGGAGCGAAUUUAACCAUCGCACAAUCCACUGUUGGCUCUGAGCCAAAGCCCGAUCAAGAUAUUAUUCUGAUCGGCAACGGACUGAAAGUGUUCUGGUCUAGACCACACUACGAGGACGGAGUCUAUUCCGUCCCAUUAUUGGAAAGUUACUGGACUGUACUCGGACCGAGAGGUCCUUACAAAGCCAGCAGAAACGAUCUUUUGACCGUGCUUUCCAAACUGGAUCAUAUUUUGGUCCGUGCAACAGUACGCGAUUACACAACCAGAUCGUCAAUCAGCGACAUUGCACUGGGAACCGCAGUGUCACAGCACACUGAUCUAGGACCUGCCGAUGAGAUCGAAGUGUGUCGCUGUCCUCCAGGAUACCGCGGAACCAGUUGCGAGCUUUGUGACGAUCUUCAUUAUAAGGAUGUGUUUGAUCGCUCUGCUGGCAUGACCGGAGUAUGCAAGCCAUGUCCGUGCAACAAUGCCGACUCCUGUGAAAUCAAUAGCCGAGGAGAUGUAGUAUGCAAGUGUCUACCAGGAUUUACUGGCCCAAGCUGUGAUAGCCCACCACUCGAUUCUCUCUUAAAUCCACCCGAACAUAAAAUAGGUCGAAAGAUCAAUUGCUCUGACUACGCCAUCGUGUUCUACAAUCAAAGUGGCAGCUACGAUCGCUAUCAAAUUCACGAUGACAAAGGCGUAGAAAUUGGAAUCAUUUAUAAGAUAAAGCGAUCAAACACAGGAUAUACCGACAUUCCUACGCCUCCACUCCGUCCAUCGCCACCUCCAGUCAUCGAGGUUGUUGUGGCAUCGCCGACCAUCCACAUCGUAGAGGUCGGACGUAAUAUUCAGUUAGGAUGUACAGCACGGUAUACUGUAUCUAAGCGACCUAUCGAAGUACGAUGGGACAGAGUAGGGGGACGAAUGCCGGAAUCGGCCUACACUGAAAGUGGCACCCUCAUCAUUACCAAUGUACAAAUCUCCGACAGCGGUGUUUAUGUAUGUCAAGCGGGCAGUGGACCGGAUACUGCCUAUCAGCAGGUUACUGUUUCCGUGGAAGGAGGUUCACCUCAGCGUAAACCAGAGGUGACCAUUUCUCCAGAUUAUAUCAACCUCGAAGAAUACCGCUCAGCUGACGUAACUUGCUCGGGAACCGGCUUCCCAACACCUGUGAUUACCUGGGAACGAAUGGACAAUCAUCCACUUUCCUCGAAUGUGAUCAUUGAGUAUGGAUUGCUGCGCUUCAACUCACUCCGAAAAUCAGAUGAAGGCACUUACCGCUGUUCAGCUCGCAACGACAUAGGCGAAUCGGAUAAGAUCCUCCAGGUCUAUGUGCGUGAAUCAAGACCAACCCAGCCUACGCAAGAGACUGUACAGAUUAACCCGGACAAUUAUGAAGGCCGAUCUGGAGAACAGAUCACACUGACAUGUGUGUGCCAACCGAUUGGUCAAAUCAAAUGGGCCAAGACAGGAGAACCUAGUCUACCGAGAAACAGCUAUGUUCAGAACGAAUUGCUCAUCAUCGAUCACGCUACAGUAGAUAAUUCUGGUCAAUAUACUUGUACUGCAAUCUUCCCCAGCGGCCGUGAACGCACUUCCUACGUGGACGUUAUAAUUACACCAAUGAGACCAGAUUUAACUGCGCCCCGUGUGAAACCUCUGGACAACAAGCAUUUGGUCACUCAAGGAGCAGACUAUAGCAUAACCUGUGAAGCUAGCGGAAAUCCACAUCCUACAGUUAAAUGGACAUUGAGCGGUAAACCAUAUGCCAAUAAUGUGCAACAAAACGGUAACGUUCUGAGAAUACUGAAUGCCCAACCAUCCAACGGUGGUGUAUACAUCUGUGUCGCCGAAAACAGUGAAGGAAUGGAUCGGUCAUACACAGUUGUUGAUAUAGAUCGACGCGAAGCUCCAGUUUUGGAACUCUAUCCUACCGAACCACAGGUAAUCAAGGUUGGCGAAUCCACUCGAUUGUCUUGUCGCGCUACAGCCGGUGUUCCAUACCCAACGCUCACUUGGGUGCGCAGAGAUCGAAGGCCUCUAUCUACCAGAAUCACCCAGGACUACCCAGGAGUGAUCACGUUGCGUGAGGUUACACUGGAAGAUGCUGGUGAGUAUGAAUGUAGAGCCGAGAACAAUGCUGGUUCAACGUCUCUCACAGCCUCAGUCGACGUUCAGCUGGCUCCGAUUAUCACCAUUUCUCCAGCUGUUGAAGAAUAUAAACUGUACGAAGGGGAUGAGUUGAGUAUACAAUGUUCGGCCAGAGGCAAACCAGAGCCUACGGUCGUUAUAAAACCACCUCAACAUCACGAAGUAGACGGUAGACAUUUAUCGCGCUAUGAAGGACUUGGAUCAGCCAACAUUCACAUAUUCCAAGCCGAGACCAAACACUCCGGAACCUACGAGUGCGUAGCAUCUAGUCCAGCAGGCACUGAUUCACGAUUCAUCACCAUCCAAGUGCAAGAGAAACGUGGAGACCUAGGACCGUACGACACCGAUAGAGAUACGCAUCCGCGUCCGGGACCAUCAGGCUCGGACAGAGAUACGCAUCCGCGUCCACCCUAUUACGACCGUCCGCAAAAACAUACCUAUAGAGCCAUCCUGGGUGAACGAUCUGAACUCGUUUGUAACGAGGCAUCGAGAGGUUCACGUACCGAAUGGAGACGUUCUGAUGGACGCCGACUACCCGCUGGAUCAGUCCUCCGUGAUGGUCACUUGAUCAUCGAAAACACUGGUCAUGAUGCUAUCGGAAUGUACGAUUGCAUUGCCCACGAUAUUGCCCCAGCUCCUACUACCAUUGUGCAAAUCAUGCUCGAGGUCGUUGAACCACCACGUAUUUCCUUCAGCCCAGUGAUGCCAAUGAUUGUGCGGUCUGGAGAAACGGUAACUAUUAUUUGCAACGCUACCGGCGAACAGCCAAUCCAUAUCAGAUGGCACGGCGAAGAUAGGCAGCAUUUACCGGACAGGAUACGAGUCAGUGGGCAGUAUCUGCAGUUCACGCAAAUCACACAGGAAGAUGCAGGGCGGUAUUAUUGCUCGGCCACCAAUCGUCAAGGAAAUGUCACCAAAGUGGCAGAAGUGAUAGUGAACAGAAACGAAAUGAUUCCGGAAAUUCCCCAACAUGGCCGCAUUCACGAGGUGUACAGAGGAUCAUCUAUAUCUCUAGACUGCAAGCUGCCCGAAAACCACUAUUACCAAGGAGUGACGUACCACUGGAGUCGCUUGGACCAUCCUCUACCCUAUCAUGUGCGCACCGAAGACAGAGUGCUGCAACUGAAUCGCAUUCGGGACGAGGAUGCCGGGCGGUACGAAUGCCGUAUGACGUACCCGAAUGGAUCGGAAGCAAUCGACUUUGUUGAUGUGGCCAUUAAGGGUUCCGGAACUACCCAACUGAUCAAUGGUGAGUGCACCUACACUGACUACGUUUGCAAGGCCCCAGUGGUUAUAUUCAAGACCUGUAUACCGUCCUGGAUGAUUUGCGAUGGUAUACCGGACUGUGCCGAUUUCUCCGAUGAGCGCAACUGUCGUGUAUUGCGCAAAGGAAAGCUACGUUACGACUAUCCGGAACAGAAUCCUCGUGGCCAACGACAGUCGAUACGCCAACCACCGAACCUUACCUCCUCAACUGUGGACUCUUCUUUGGCACGAGCUGCAACUAAGUUUUUCGCUCCUCAAUCAUUACCAAUCCUUCGAUUGGAACCUACAAUGUCAUAUCUGAGUCCCGGUGAAUCCGUAACGGUCGACUGUAGUUCGUCGGCCGGUUCUCAUGUGCCAGUUACGUGGGAAAGGAUGGGAGGCUCGCCGUUACCUUACAACUUUAGGCAAGACGGAAACAGACUGAUCAUUCAGAACGUUGCCGAAGCCGAUACCGGAAAGUAUACCUGUAUUUGUCGAACUGAUGAGGGACUGCAAUACAUUUCGGACUUUGAACUGCAAGUCAGUCCGGGAAGACUGCCGGAAUCAUCGCGAACUUCUAAAGUGGAAUAUGCCCAUCGUGGCUCAACAGUGAAGCUGCAAUGUAAUACAGAUAUCCAUCCGACAUCAUUCGAAUGGUCACGUGAUCGAGGCUCGUUCAAUGCGGAUCAAAAUACAACCAUUCCUAUCCUCACCUUAACUGAUGUCCAGGCGGCAGAUGCGGGUACAUACAUUUGCACGGCUCGCCACAAUGGCCAUAACGUAGAUGUGCUGACUACAUUAGUCGUAAACGGUGCAAUUCCUUUCUUCCCACAAUCACCGAAAAGCUACAUGGCUUUCAACAAGAUUGAAAAUACCUACUCUAAGUUCAACUUCGAGAUCUCCUUCAAACCACAAAAGCUAAACGGUCUAAUACUGUACAAUGGCCAACGACCACCGAAGGGAGAUUAUAUCUCAUUGUCACUGCGUAACGGAUUCCCACAAUUUAGAUUCGACUUCAACGGGCAGCAGGUCACGCUACAACCAGAAAAACCGGUCCACAUGGGACAAUGGCACACCGUUAAGGUGAACCGCGUUAGAAAUAAUGGUUUCAUGCUCGUUGAUGACCAAAGCCCAGUCGUCUUCCCUGAUAGAUUGAAGUUCCACGGAUUGAAUCUAGAUGAUAACUUGUACAUUGGAGGCGUUCCAAACUUUGCUGUCCUACCAUCAACCGCUGUAGAGAUUAAGGAAGGCUUUGUGGGAUGCAUCAGUAGGUUAGUUAUCAAUGGUCGUGAAAUCCAACUAUAUCAGGAAGCAAUCACCAGCGAAGGAACAACAUCAUGCGAGCCAUGCGCUGAGGAUCCGUGCAUGAAUUCUGGAGUUUGUCUGGACACACAAAGCCCCGUUGGGUACUCCUGUGUCUGCCAGGAAGGCUACACCGGCAAAGAUUGCAGAAUUGAAGGCCAGAAAUGUAUGUCAGGUACAUGCGGAAUAGGUCGUUGCGAAGAAACAGAGUCUGGCGCCGAAUGUUAUUGCCCAAUUCAUAAGACUGGCGACCGAUGCCAGUAUACCGAACAUUACGCAGACGCUACACUGGCAUUCAAGGACGGCAGCUAUGCAGCCUACGACAAAUUCCAAACUAAACGAAGUGCCAAGUUCCGUAUCAAACCGGAUUCCUUAGAAGAUGGUGUCUUGCUGUAUGCCGCCGAAAACGAAAAAACAUAUGGAGACUUCAUUGCCGUUGUACUUAAAGACGGUCAAGUACAACUUCGCUACAGUGUUGCAGGAAAAAUACCACCAGUAAUACUGCAAUCAACCGUACCGAUUGAAGUGAACCGUUGGCAUGAAGUGUCUGCUGGUCGUAGUCGCGGUGGACUAGCAUAUCUACAGGUCGAUGAAGAGCCGCUGAUCAAUGAACCUAAGAUCGGAAGAGCAACUGCCAUCGCUCUCAAGUCAAAUAUCUUCGUGGGAGGAUACGACAAACGAAUACUACUGAAUCGCGCUGUGGGAGUCAACAGAGGAUUUGAAGGAUGCGUAGCAGAUCUUGAAAUAUCCGGUAAUGUAAUCAACAUGAUUGAUGACAUUAAAGAUUCGGCCAACCUAUACAAUUGUGGCCACCAACAGCAUGCUGGAGGAGUCCACCACGGUAAUGACGAAGAUAACGAAAUCGACCCAUGCAAGCCGGGCUACGGAGGUCCACACUGCGAUACUGUGGUAGAUAUUUGCUUAGCGCAGAGACCUUGCGAAAAUGGAGGCCACUGUCACACCAAACAAGACGGCUCAUUGUACACUUGCGAUUGUCACUCAGGAUUCCUAGGAAGGAACUGUGAACAUGUAUACGUUACUAACAUCGGGUCCAAAUUUAGUGGCGAUGGAUUCUUGGAGUUGAAUCCAAAAGCGAUUGUCGCCGGUGCGGAUCAAUAUGAAACCAAGUUAGCUAUCUUGUUUAGUACUGAGCAAAGCAAUGGUAUGCUCUUGUGGUACGGUCAACGCAACGGAGACAAUUUUGCGGGAGAUGACUACAUCUCCCUGUCGGUGCAUGAAGGAUAUCUGGAAUUCGGAAUGCGUCUGGAUGGCGAAGAAUCUACGUUGCGAAACGAAGACGUAUUCGUCGCCGACGGUGAACAGCACGUUGCCGUUAUCACGCGUGAAGCCAACAGAAAUAGGCUGGAAGUGGAUCAAUUCUCGGCGCACGGAGAAACACGACCAACCGGAAAGCAAGAAAUUCACCUUCCCGGAAAUGUUUAUAUCGGAGGUGCUCCGGAUCUAAGUCACUUCACUGGGGAACGGUUCAACGAGAGUUUCAACGGUUGCGUCUACGUGAUAGAAAAUGCUUACACUAACCGACGCGUACCGCUGGAGAACUUCGCGGUCCGAACAGUCAACGUUGAUAUUUGUAAUGACCAUGUAGAUCUAGGCCCUGAGCCGCCCGUUGUUUAAGUUCUAUACAGGGUUACAAACCGAACUACAUGUAGUCACAAUCUGCGAUACGAAUGAACUUCCACGAUAACUGUAAUGAUAUACCUACGUCAUUUGAAUCAACGCAAAUUCGAAAUACACACGUGGACGUUUGGAAUAUGUUCCGGUCAUUUUACGCGCCAUCAGCCCCUUACUGUAGGACGAAGACCCCUUCUUUUGGUUGGUCUGUUAAUUUAGAGUUUCCCUUGAUUAUCCAAUCAAAACGAAUAUGUGCCAAAUAACGAUAGUAUUUAUGAAUGAAUCAACAAAACGAAUAAACAAACGAUAUCUACUGUUUAGAAAUUAUGCGCACCAGAUAUUCGAUCAAAACAUAUUUUGCUUACGGUCUAAAAGACACUGCCUUUUUUGUUCAUCUUCUUGAUAAGUUCUUUUUUAUACUGCCACGACUCAUAUGACUGACCUAACGAAUACAACAAUUUCCCAGUGCAUUUGUUACAGCCAUUUCUGUCAGAAAUAAUAUGUUUGUUCUAAAGAGUAAUUAAAACAAAAGUAACUACACGCUUCCAGUGCUCUGAAAACGAAAGCAUUCAACUGUUGACAUGAAAAUCCCUAGAUUGAUAAUUAUUGUAACAAUUAAGUAAAAUCUCUAACAUGUGUUCAUUGAGCUAACACUGCACCCGUUCAUUUACGAUUUAGUGAACAUGAAAAAUCUUUCGAACAAAAAUAUGUCUUCUAUAAAAAAAAAGUUUAAUUCGAAAAGCUUUGUCUAAUGUUACUUGUAUAUUUGUUUUGUUUCGUACUAAGACAAUAACGAACAUAAGAACCAAUGUAUAAAAGAUGUACUAUCGACUUCAAUUAAAAAGAAGGAAAGAAAACAAACGUAA